AUGGCUCAAGACGCUCAAGAUUUGCCUAUAGUAUCAGACACAAAGUCAUCCAACCUGAACCGCGAACCGACUGUCGCUGGAGGUGGUACAAGGAUAGCCUCCGGCAUCGUCGACAAUGGCGAGACUCAAUUGACUGACGAGCCAGAACAACAUGAUAUUACUGCUCAUCCGAAUGGCUCUGAGGGUUGGCUUCCAGCCACCGACCUCCCGCCUCCUUCCGACGGGGCGACCUCACCCUCUUUCCAGCCUGCACGAUCAGGUUCCGUCCUCAAGAAAAGGCGACCUGGCUCUAUCGCGUCCAGAGCUUCUUCAGUGCGCGGCGGAGUAAUUUCCGAUGGCGUCGAAAGAAAUAGGUCCACGCGUAGCGUGGAAUCUACCCGCUCUCGACGCACCAUGCUCACCAACGCAGACGGUAAACCUGUCAACGGAUCCGCAUUCAUUAACGGAGCCGGUAUCACUGGCCCUUCUGCCACUGCCACCGCCGAUGAUUCUUUGCAUCAACGUAUGCAGAGUGCUGACGACGCCCUGACCGGGAAACAGAAGAAGAAAAUCGGAAAGGUAGAAGUCAAACAGAGCCAACGACUUUCCAAGGUCAUCAAGUCAGAAAGCAAAGUCGAGAAACAGUCGAUGGAUAUCGCCAUUCAGGAACUUGGCGAAUUACAGAAAGUCCAGAAGUCAUUGGUCAAGCGCGAAUCCAAGGCUCACACUGCACAUACAAAGGCCCUCACCGCAUUCCAUAAAGCCGAAGAAGCAUAUUUGGCAGCGAGGACCAAGUAUGAGAUCGCCCAAGCCGCAAUGCAAAGCGAGGCGGAAACCUUGGAGGUCGCACGUAAUAACGCUCGACAAGCCACAGAAAAUAUGCAAGAAAAAGCAACCGAGGUUGAUGGUUUGAGGAAAAUAUUUGGUGUGGAUGAACGCGAGAGGGAAGUCAUGCUGACGGAUUUAAAAGGCAAACCGAAGGAUGGAAAAGGUAGUGGCUUUUGGAGGUGA